GCUCGAGAGUAGAGGAAGUCGGUAAUGGUGACGGAUGAUGUGGACGUGAAAGGGCCAAGAGCAUCAACGCGUUUUCAAGAAAGAAAGAGGGGAAAGAAAAACCUUAAAGACGGACUCACGGAUAUGAAGCGCGGGUUUUGAGAGGUGUCUGAGUUUCUCUGCACUGAGACCGAACACACCUGCGGUCCACGAUGAUGGCAGAAUGCGAUCCUACCGACGGCGAGCCAGAGAAAGGCGGCGGAGAUUUCACACCGGAGAUGAACUUUCUCGCGUCGGAGGUGCCCGCGGUGUUAUUCGAAAAGACCCGACCGGCGCCGUCUCUAGGACUCUCGCUGAACCCCGGGGCAGCGGUCCGGAUCUCGAACUCGACGGAGAGCGUGCUGACGGAGCUGGAAGCGGACGGCUCGGGGGAAGAGGCGCUACUGUUACCGGGACCUGCCGUGAAUCUCUCACCUCGAGCUGGAAGAGAGAAAAGGACGCGGAGGAACAGACACAGCUCAUCAUCUGAUAAUCUGGCAUCUCCAGGUAAUAGUAGUGGAGAAUUCAACCAUUUCCCAGAAGACCCAGAGUUUGGCGAGAUCAUCCAGAGAGCUGAGCAGGCGAUAGAAAAUGGUGUCUUUCCCGAACGCAUCUCGCAAGGAUCCAGUGGAAGCUACUUUGUCAAAGAUUCCAAAGGGAAAAUCAUUGGCGUGUUUAAACCAAAAUCAGAGGAGCCUUACGGUCACUUAAAUCCUAAAUGGACCAAAUAUUUCCAUAAAGUCUGCUGUCCGUGCUGUUUUGGCCGUGGUUGCCUCAUUCCUAACCAGGGCUACCUCUCUGAGGCAGCUGCCUCACUUGUUGACCAAAAACUGGGUUUGAGGAUUGUACCCAAAACUAAGGUAGUGCAUUUGGCCAGCGAGACUUUUCACUAUAGUGCAAUUGACCGUGCCAAAUCCCGUGGUAAGAAAUACGCACUGGAGAAAGUCCCCAAAGUUGGACGACGGUUUCACAGAGUUGGCCUUCCUCCAAAGAUGGGCUCAUUUCAGUUGUUUGUGGAGGGCUAUCAUGAAGCAGACUUCUGGCUGAGGAAGUUUGAGGCAGAGCCUCUUCCAGAGAACAUGAGGAAGCAGCUUCAGUCUCAGUUCGAGAAGCUGGUGGUGCUGGAUUACGUCAUCAGAAACACAGACAGAGGGAACGAUAACUGGUUGAUCAAGUAUGAGAAGCCAGGCGAUGGAGAGCUGACGGAGAAGGAAUCUGAAUGGACUGAUUUGAAAGACUCGGCCAUACAGAUAGCAGCUAUAGAUAAUGGUUUGGCCUUCCCUUUUAAACACCCUGAUGAGUGGAGAGCAUAUCCGUUUCACUGGGCAUGGUUGCCUCAGGCCAAAGUGGCCUUUUCCCAGGAGACAAGAGACCUUGUACUCUCGCGCAUUUCUGACAUGAACUUUGUACAGGACCUCUGUGAGGACCUUUAUGAGAUGUUCAAGACAGAUAAAGGUUUCGACAAAACCAUGUUCGAAAAACAGAUGUCUGUAAUGAGAGGACAGAUCUUAAACCUGACCCAGGCUUUGAAAGACGGGAAGAGCCCCAUCCAGUUAGUGCAGAUGCCUCGUGUGGUGGUGGAGAGGAGCCGCGGGGGAGGCCAGGGUCGUGUGGUCCAACUGGGCAAUGCUUUUACCCAGACCUUUCACUGCAAGAGACCCUUUUUCACAUCCUGGUAAAAGGGCCACACAGAGAGGACGAAGACUGGGUGAAAAUGGAC